CAGUUUUUUCUUUUUUAUUGGCAGGUUCAAAGCAAAAUAUGUCGUGAAGAACCGCAGCAACAAGAGUGUGAGAAAAGAAAAAAAAUCAUGAACAACCUCAGGUUAGCGUUUCGCGCCGCGAAGUUGCUUCUCGUCGCGCCGAAAACCCCAACCCGUCCGACUUGGACCCAAAUUCGCCUUCUGGGCUCCACAAACUCCCUGUGCAAGUCCGAAGACGUCAAGGCCAUGCUCAAGUCGUUGCCGAAACGCGACGAGGGCGUCGACGGGGAACGCGACACGGAAUUUGACCCGCAUUUCCGCCACGACGUUGCGUUUCCCGACGCCGACACGCCGAACCGCCUCUUCAACGGCGUCCCGUUCUCGCAGCUGCCCAUCAUGUGCGUGCGGGCCACCAAGAACAACACGCACAUGGUGCUGGCCAACUCGGAGCACACGAUCAUGUGGCGGCGGUCGUGCGGGCAAGAGGGAUUCAAAAAGUGUAGGAAGGGCACGAAUGUGGCGGCCCAGACGACGGCGAUCGGGAUGGCGAAGAAGGCCUUGGACUUGGGAGUGACGCAGGUUAGAGUCAAGCUAAGGGGCUUUGGAGCCGGGCGUUUGGCGGCUGUGAAGGCGUUUGAAAUGGCGGGCUUGGAUGUGGUGUCUCUGACGGAUGUGACUUACAUCAACUGGAGGAAUAAUCCGAGGGCGAAGAAACAGCGGCGACUCUGA